CGCCUAUCUUUAUACAGCUUGACCGGCCCGCUCCACCCUCCCUUCUGCCUUCCGUAUCGUCAGCCUUCGAACGCUAUCGCCCCCUCUUCAGCCAACAAGAUGAAGCCCGUCGUAUCUUUGAUGAACGCUUGGUCCUGCGUGGUCAUAUCUCUCUUCGCCAUCGUCAUUCUCUCAGUCCUCGGAUCGCUAUUCCAAAGAGAACACCACAGCUUCACCGGCGGUGAAGAAGAGCCCGAGAAUGGCGCCGCAGUCGCUGCCUCCAUCUACACCGCUGUCCUUGUAUACGUCGCAUUCUUCGUAUUCUGCGCCUUCCAGGCCUACCUGCACACGAGAAGCCGCAGGGGCGGCGCCAUCUCUUUGAGCUAAAUCCACUACACCCGGCCGGUGGUUCCGAGGAAAAAAAACCCCCUGCUCUUAUGUGUCUUCCACAAACCUUAUUCCCGCCCUAUACUACCGUG